AUGCAGACUACGAUAAACAGAGGAUCCGGUCCGUACACAUUUCUACUCCAUGGCCAAAACUACCAUUUAAUGGGUACUUUGUUGCCAGAUGAAGGAUCGCGUCCCAAGUUUGCUCAACUUUAUACAUUUGACACGGAGAAUGAAGUCAAGAAUCGAAUGGAUGCAGUCAGAUCCGGAGACAGUUCCAGCGAAUUGGAUCCUGAGAUUGUUUAUACAUUGAAGGAUAUGGUCGACAGCUCAAAUGUGCUUGCUCAGUCUUACAGAGCUACCCGGGACAGGCUCUCACAGACAGGAAUGGAGGAUGUCAAAUUGAGACUCAUAAAGAAACGAAGUACGGAUGGCCGUACUUACAAUCUGCCGAACUCCAGUGAAAUCGCAGGACUCAUUGUUGGUGAUUUUGACACCCAGAAGGGUGUUAGAGACAUAGUUGUCGAGACACAAUCGCAAAAACUCCAGCGAAUCAGUGAGUUGCACCCCCUAUAUCUUCCACUGCAGUAUCCGCUAAUAUUUUCUUACGGCGAGGAUGGUUAUAGGGAUGAUAUACCAUUGAGGGAAACAUCAGCGAGUGGUACACGUAUAUGUAAGAAGUUAACAAUGCGGCAGUACUUUGCGUAUAGAAUUCAGAAAAGAUUUGGCGACAACGCGGUUCUGUUGCACUCAAAAAAAUUGUGCCAGCAAUUCAUGGUCGACGCAUUUUCAAUGGUUGAAUCGGAAAGACUGAAAUUCAUAAGAUUUAACCAGGAUAAGUUGAGAGUUGACAUGUACAAGGGUAUCGAGGAAAUUAUUUUGAAGGGAGAUACGGAUGCUAGAUCCAUUGGCACGAGGGUUAUUCUACCAAGCAGUUUUACCCAAGGUCCAAGAUACAUGUUUAACAACUUCGUCGAUGCUCUUCAAAUAUGCAACUGGAUUGGAUUUCCAUCGUUGUUCAUCACUAUUACCUGCAAUCCACAGUGGCCAGAAAUUCAAAGGGCGUUGAGCGGUACUAAUUUGAGACCUGAAGACCGUCCCGAUAUUCUUGCUCGAGUUUUUAAGAUGAAGCUCAACAGUCCGAGGGAAAAAUAUUUGGUCGCGGUAGAGCAUGUUGAGAAGUAUAUGAUUCACGGCCCGUGCGGUCUGGCCAAUCAAAACUCUCCAUGCAUGAAGGACGGUAUUUGCACGAAGCGAUUUCCAAUGAGUUUUGUCAACCGUACUGAAGCCGAUGCAGAUGGUUAUCCGGUGUACAGAAUAAGAGAAAAUGGGAGGACCGUGGUUAAGAAGAAAACAUAUCUUGACAAUAGUUCCGUCGUGCCUUAUAACCGUGCUCUACUGAAAAAGUACAGAGCACACAUUAAUGUCGAGUUGUGCAACCAUAAUAAGUCGAUAAAGUACUUAUUCAAGUACGUCAACAAAGGACAUGAUCGAGUCACGGUGGCAUUUUAUCAAUCAAAUAAUCCAGGUGAAACUCCUGAAAGUCGCAAUGAGAUAAAGAUGUACUGCGACUGCAGAUAUCUUUCGAUAUGCGAGGCUGCUUGGAGGUUAUUUAGCUUUGACAUUCACUUUAGAGACCCACCGGUGAUUAGGUUAAGCUUUCAUCUUCCGGACAGUCAGGCUGUUGUGUUUAUAGAUAAUGACUCAUUAGUUGAUGUGCUGAACAGACCGACUGCGAAGCAAACGAUGUUCCUUGCUUGGUUCUAA